CUCUUUCUCUGUCUUUCUCUCGCAUCCUAACCAACAUGGCCGCUAAGUCGGAUGGAGCAGCGGUGUCUGUGGACGAUGACAACACGCCCAGGAGCGCCUCGGAGCCGGGGAACCCCGCCGCCCGGCCCCGCUGCACGGCCGCGGGCGGGAAGCCCUACACGCCGCUGGACUGCUGCUGGGUGCUCUGCGCCCUGCUCGUCUUCUUCUCCGACGGCGCGACCGACCUGUGGCUGGCCGCCGACUACUACCUGAGGGGCGACUACUGGUGGUUCGGCUUGACGCUGGUCUUCGUCGUGGUGCCCUCCGCCGUCGUCCAGGUGCUGAGUUUCAGGUGGUUCGUGUACGAUUACACGGAGCUGAGCGGCGGGGACGGAGCAGCGAGCGGCAGCGGCAGCGGCAGCGGCGCGGCAGCGGCAGGCGGAGCAGUCACGGAGGGAGACGGCACCGUGAGCACCAAGGACAGCGACCAACGCGGCGGGAGCGUGGCGGCGGAGAAUGCCGCGAAUGCUACACCGGCUUACGCCUGCUCCUCCCCCCCACCCGCGACGCCCGGGAGAGGGGGCUCCCCCCCGCGGUGCUGCACCGUCUGCAUGUGGGUCUUUCAGUCCGUGCUGCACGUCCUGCAGCUGGGGCAGGUCUGGAGGUACAUCCAUGCCCUUUACCUGGGCGCCCGCAGCCGCUGGCACAGCGACGGGCCCCAUCGCCACUUCCACUGGCGCUUGAUGUUUGAGAGCGCCGACAUCACGAUGCUGCGACUCCUGGAGGCCUUCCUGAAGUCGGCCCCGCAGCUCGUCCUGCAGCUCAGCAUCAUGAUCCACGGCAACGCACUCUGUUCUCUCCUGUCUUUCACACGUCUCCCAGGGCUUUCCGCCUCUGCCUCACUGGUCUCUCUUGCCUGGAUGAUCGCCUCCUAUCAGAAGGUUUUACGCGAUUCCCGUGACGACAAGCUGCCGAUGUCCUACAAGGCCAUGAUUGCCCAGAUGCUGUGGCACUUUUUCACCAUCGGGGCGAGGACUGUAGCGUUUGCUCUCUUUGCCUCCGUCUUCCAGCUCUACUUUGGCAUCUUCAUCGUUAGUCACUGGUGUGUUAUGACCUUCUGGAUCAUCCAGGGUGAGACUGACUUCUGCAUGUCCAAGUGGGAGGAGAUCAUUUACAACAUGGUGGUGGGCAUCAUCUACAUCUUCUGCUGGUUCAACGUAAAGGAGGGCCCGAGCCGCUUCCGCAUGACCGUCUACUACUCUGUGACUCUGGCGGAGAACGUAGCGCUCACCGCUGCCUGGUACACCUACCGUGGGCCGCACACCUCCGACUCCUACGCCCUGGUGGUGGUGUGCCUGGUGGCCUGCAGCUUCGCCUUGGGAACCUUCUUUAUGCUGGUGUACUACUGCUGGCUGCAUCCUGACGGGCCCGUUCUGGGUUCACAAUGGGGGGCGUGUGUGGACGAGGGCGUCGUGGGAGCGGGAGGGGUGUCUGGAGUGAUUGACACCUGCCUAACCCCGUCCCAAGGGUCCCAAACGGACAUGGUGAUCACCAGCCCCCCUCGGACCCUCCCCAGGACUAAGGACACAGGGGAGCCCGUUCCUGGGGAGAGGGACAAGGACAGAGACAGAGACAGCUGCCUGCCCGUCUUUCAGGUCCGACCCUCUCCUUCCUCAUCUCCUGCUUUACUCCACAGGACCUCGUCCUCAUUGCGUGCGCAGGAAGGACCUGUGAUCCGGAUUGACCUCCCAAGGAAGCGAUACCCAGCCUGGGACGCGCAUUUUAUUGACCGGCGCCUCCGCAAGACCAUCCUGCUACUGGAGACCACAUCAAGCGUUAGUCCCCGAAUACAGUACAGGAGUAGCAUGAUGGGCAGCAAAGAGGUGCUGGAAUAUGAAACAACUGUGUGAACCAAGAGGCUGUUCAACGUACAAAUGCAGUCUGUGACCAAGGGACCCAGGAGCAGAAAGCAGUUCUCCUCCUGAGACCAUGCCAAGGGAAACAGAGGCACAAUGUGUAGAAAACAACGAUUGUAAAAUGUGAAGCGCAAUCUGGAACCGAGGCUCUGCUGUAAGUAGCAUGAGGAGCUGUGGGACGUUCACGGAGACACAAACUUUUCUAGAAGCUACAGUACAGUAGAAGGUGAGAACUUACGACCAAGGAGCAUCAGGUUCAGUCCUAUCCUGCACCAACACAACAAGCGGCAAAUGUCUCUGGCAGCGAUGAAGGUGCAGGGAUGAACUCAGACUCAGCAGAGACUUAAAGGAAAUGUUCAGACCAGUUCAUUCAGGUUUGAUGCUGACAGACGACGAACUCACUAUCCAAUAAACAACAUGGUCUAAAGAUGCCAAAUGUGUUAAAACUGGGCUGAAUCUGGUCUACGAGCUCAUCUCAUAGAGAUUCAGGUUACAUGUAGUAUAAACAGUAGGUAUUAUUUUUUCCGUGUGAAUCAGGAUGAAACCAUGAAAUAUAGUGAAGUAAUGUCUAUUAUAUAUUACAUGAAUGUCUCUCUUAAAUUUAGCCCGUUUCAAUGGUGACGUAGGCAUUCUCUGUGUGAAGGGCACAAACAAAGUAUGAAUGGAUUCGACUGAUUAAGGAUUAACUGACCUUAGGGUCUGUUCCACCAUCCUGUUAAAAGGUUCCACCACUACUCCUGACAUGUGGCCUGUGAGUCUCUGUCUGUCUAAUGUAAUGCACAACGUCUGGACUGACGGGACACAAAGGUGAUGAGCUGAAGUCCCACCGUUUACUACAGCCUCAAUCCGAUCAAGGACUCGUCUGGAAGCGUCAACCAACAAUGGAUGUGAGGAUGUGACGCUGCGACAGACAAAAGCUAUAGUUAGAGGUUUGGGGUUUUGAGUUAAUAAGGUUAAUUUUACUUGUGUCGUCCAGAAUCCGUCUAUUUUGCUCAUUAGAAUCAUGAGCAUCAUUUGUUUUGGGGGAGAAAAAUAUCUUUAAAUCUCCUUAACAGUCUUUAAUAACUUUCUACAGUACAUGGAUGUAAUCAUUCACAAGAACUAAGGAGAACACACACACAGGUUGGCAACAGCUGUUUAUUUCUGAAAGGUGUUGUCGUUUAUGGAAUGAAACCGUGUACAGGUAGUUUAGGUAGAUUCAGUGUGACUAGUUAAUGACGUCAUGUCAUGAUGAUCCAGUAGCUGGAGAGAAGGAGCAGGUCCAAACAGCGUCAAGGAUCAAAGGUUCAGCCCAGUUUACUGGUUUCUGGUUUUUACUGGUAGCUUAUCAUUGAUAGCAUUUUAUGUUUGUAGCAUUUAGAAGAUGCAGUGUUCAGAGUAAAGAGUAAAACCGCUGUGAACUCAAACCUCACCACAUAUUACUACAUGUACAACGAUGAUCCUGAUAAAUUUCUCCUAAAUGUGGAAUCGAGUCCUUCUCAGGGCAACGGAGAUGUUUGUCAUGGUGACGUUUGCUAACAGGCCUCCAAACCGCCACGGUCCAGUUCCACGCUUCAGGCUGCAGAUCACAGAAGACUCCGCUUUCACCAGUGCUGCUUGUGCCAUAGAAGUGCGAUGAGCCACAGACGUCAGUAGGAGCCAUCAAGUCGACAUCAUUAGCAUUAGAUCAGGUCACAUGAUGUGAGAUGAGCCAUCGCAUACAUUUAAAGGUGUUACAGGUGUCUGCUGUUCACCAUCGGGGGGUGGCAGAGAAAACCACGGUGGAACCAUGGUUCAGUGUUUGAACUAGUUAACAGCUGUUAAUGGUGCUGAACACGGCGAUUCUCAUGUACAGGUACCGUUACCACGACGACGAUGAGCCAGUCUUUGUUGUGAUGCUCUGAUUAUAUAUCAACUUGAACAAAAUAUGUUACGAAGUAAAGUUAGUGAAAAAACUGAAAUCAUCUUUUAAUGCAAGUAUUUAUGUUUAUUUAUUUUUGUAUUUGUUUUAUAUGAAUUGAUCUAUUGUUUACUCACUCAGUGGCCAUGUCUUUGGUAUGACUCUUAUAUUAAGAUGUAAACUGACUUUUUUUUUUACUCAUUCUCUAUGUGUAUAAACCAGAGUGACUAUCUUACUGUAUGAUGUGGGUGUGUGAGUGUCUGCUGUGGUUUGUAUGUAUACUAUGUACAGUACCACUGGAUGGAAGGGUGCUCCAGGUUUUUUUGAUAAUGCUGCUUAAACAUCCUCUGAGUGAACAAGCAGAAAACCAGUGGUGAAAAUAUCUAUGACGAUGUUUAAAAAAGAACUGUGUAGAUGGGAAUAAUAAUGUAGUAAACAUGGCUUAAAGUAUAA